GUCAGCCAUUCGUAUCCAUUGGGAUUGGGGCAAGGCAAACAAGGCAGCAAACCGGGGCGGCGACACAGAUCAAUCGACGACGAUGGGGAAGACAUUAGGACCAACCGGAGAGUUCUUCAGGCGAAGGGAUGAAUGGAGGAAGCAUCCGAUGCUAACGAAUCAGUUUCGUCACGCAACUCCUGGGCUCGGGAUAGCCCUGGUCGCGUUCGGCAUCUAUCUCGUUGGUGAAACUGCUUACAACAAGAUCUACGCUCCUUCGCACUCCCAAUCUCACCACCCUGCUGCAGCUUCUUCACCUUCGCAUUCUCACUGAGAUUCGUGAUUGUGAUUGUGAUUGUGAUUGUGCUGUGAUUGUGAUUUGUGAAGGGAAGCCAUGCAUACAUGAUUAGGAAUACUCAAUCCUAUCCAAUCUAAUUACUUGUUUAAAUAAAAGCAUUUCUCAUAUUCGUAUGACAAUGAUUUGAUAAAGCAUGUUAUGUAUAAUUUUCUUGCUGCGUGCUUUAAGACCUUUGGAUCUAUCUGUCAUUUGAAGAAUCAAUGUGUUUUUUGUUUGUUA